UUGGUUGGAUUUGUGCUGUGCUGGAGCGGAACUGUAGUCGUGAGAUAUGUGAUUGUGCUUUUAAAAGUCUGCUUUGCUUAAAAUAACAGAGAUAAAAGGCUUCCAAAGGGCGACUGUCUGGUGCCCGAGGGGCACCGCUGGCCUGGGCUGCUCCUGCUCUCUGCCCGUCUUCACCUUGCACCUCUCAGGACUCAUGUGAGGAAGCCCUGGUCAUGGCAGAGAGGGUCUACAGAGCAUUCAGGACUCUGCAGUCAGGCUGGUGAAACCACAGAAUGGAUGGAUGAGCUGCCAUCAGCCAUGCUGGUCCUUGGCCUGGGCUGAAAUUUUUUCUUUUUUCUUUUAAAAUAUUUAUCUACUUUUUUUUUGGUGGUAUAUAAAGGAAAAACCAACUUCAUGUAUUUUUUUUAGAAUAAACAAUAUUAGGGUCUCAUUUCUUACGGUUUUUUAUUUAAUCCAAGUGGUGGUGAGCUCACUGGAGCUGUUGGGAUCUCCAGGCGCCCUGCUUGCUCUGUGGGUUACUCUGUCACUCCUGAGAGUGAAGUUGUAGCAUUGUUCUUGGAGCUGUUUUAUGCUGGAGAGUGGCAGCGGGCCAACCUUCCUGGACGCACGAGAUGUUUAGAAUAAUUAGUGAUGGAAUACCCCUUUAAAAUAAUUGUUUGGGUUUAUCUAGCACUCAGUUGUAGCAAUAUCUACCUCUAAAAAUAGGCAGGCCUCUGUGUAAUGAGCCUCGUAGUAUAAACAAAUCAUAUCUUGAAUGACUGUUGUUACUUUUGGGAUGUCCAAGAUAGAUGCCUUUGGGUGUUUUGCCAAAUCUUCUAACUUUUUUUUUUCCUCUGCAGUGAACUAUGUUUCUUGGCCCUUACACCAGUUUUAUGCACUGACCAGAGGCAAGGCUCAGUAACCCUCGCCGUUCAGGGCUGGCACAGCUGCACAGGAAAGCUUCCCACUGCUCCUGUGCCAGCCCAAGGUUGAGCAGUCCUGGUUUUCCCGUGAAAUCCAUGCCCAGGUGGAGGUGGCUAGCAGUGUGCUCUGCCAGGUGACUGAUCAGCCCUGCUCUGAGGCACUGUCCCCUGUGAAUUCACUGCAGAGCCCUGCUCAUCUGUGCUCCGAGUCCACAGUUUUCCGCGAGGCAGGGACAGAGCAGCUCUGUCAGGGGUGUGAUCCUGGUUGUGCUGGUCCUUCCUGGGAUGCCUUCCAGGCGUCCCAGGGUGCAGCUGUGUGAGCACACCGUUCUUGCUUUCAGGAGUUAGGAGCGAGGGUGGCACGAGGAGUGUUCUCACGUUUUGCUGGGUGGUUUAUCAGAGCGUGACGGUUCAUCAGAGCCCAGGCUCUCACGUGCACGUGCUUUUUGGGGUUCGUUUUCAGCAGCCAGCGUGCUGGCUGAGGCUUCUCUGUGUUGCUGACGUUCGAGAGCGCUGGCUCCUCAGCUUGAGAGAGAAAAAAUAGCCAACUUUUUCAGCAGGAGGAGUGCUUGCUCUGUGAGCACUUGUUUUCUGAGAAGGUACCGUUGUGCUCGGUGUUGGAAACAGGAGUGUCUCAGCUUUGAUCACACUGCUCACAGACCCCAACCCACUUUGAUGCUGCCCCCAGUUAUCCAGAUUUAUCUGCUCAGUUGGAAGCUGAGUGCCCUUUUGUGGGCUGUGUUUUGGGAAUGGAAAUCCAUAGGCUCUGGCUAUGAGCACAAAGGUCUUCUGGAGAACUUUUAUUAUAACUAAACAAGACUUUUUCUGUUGUAAAAGCCACCCAUGUUUUGGUUUAAGUGAGUAGAGCCUAAAUGGCUGGGCUUGCUAGUUCAGACAGUUUGGGACUGGGACCAGGUGAGGCUCUGCUGCUCCCUGACUGAUGCCUACACUUGGCAAACCCCAGACCGCUGCCUGUAGUUGUUCCCAGUCACCCGGUCAGAGAUUCUGCAUGGGAAUGAGGAGCUCCUGCUGAACAGGGUGAUGGCAAACACUGCUGUGAGAGCCCUGGGACAGACCAUGAGUGUGACCUGCCCUCUCAGCAGUCAGUGUUGUCAGUGUCUCCUGUGCCUCGAGGAGAUUUUGGGGCUGGCAGUGCUGGUUGUGCUUCAGGUGGGGAAUGUUUCCCUGGCCGCAGGGGGAGGUUUGGGUGUUGGUGCCAGGCUGGUUUCAGGUGAGGCUGAAAUGGGCUGUCCCCAAGUGCUUGCCUUAUUAAGCUCUUGCGUUUGAAAUCAUGGUGGUGCAGGAGCCUGAGGGUCUUUGUUUGGAUGCUUGAGGUAUCUGGUCUGAUGAAGAGAGACCAGAGCUCUUGCUGUUCCUGCAGCUUCUGAAGCUGGUAGGUGCUUGGCACAUGUGAAACUCAGGCCAUCCAGCUGCUGCAGUGUGGAUUUCAGCUGAUAUUUAAGUACCUUUAAAACCUUUAAAGGUUUUAAGAUUGAAACUGUAGGUUUGGGCUGUAUUUAUCAGUGGAUGCUGUUAUUUAUGUAUCUUGGUUUUAAAGUAAAUACCUUUAUUGUAGAAAUGCUGCCUGACCAAAAAAAAAACCCAAAAACCAAACCCAAAAAAAUCCUUGGUGAAAUGAUUAUGUAAGCAAGUGAAAUGGCAUUCUAAAGCAAAAGUUUCUUUCCUGUUUGGAGACAGUGUGGCUGGUUUUUUUUUUUUCUCUUUCCUGCUGUUUAACAUUUUUUAAAUCCUUUUAGUGAAUGUUUUUUGUAUGGUAGGUAUGAGAAAUAGUUGUUUUUGCAAUUUAAGUCCUUAAAGAGGUCAUCAGCAGGCUGUGGGAGCUAGCAGGAGCCAGAUACGAGUAUUUGGGGCUGUUGCUGACCAAAGCAGCAGCACAUGAGUGCAUUUAAGUAAUAAUUAAGGUUUAAAAAAAAAAAAAACAAACCCAAAGAAAGUCAUGUAACUGCUAUUACUGUGGGAGCUCAGAGGAUGCUCAGUACAGUCAUCCUCUUAAGAAUGUCUGGUUGCAGAGAGAUUCAGGAUCUUUUCCUGUUCCCUGCCUCCAGGUCAGCUGUGGUGUGUGUCUGUCCCCAAGCCAAGGGAAUCCAUCUCCUCCACAAAAGCUGCCGGGGUUACCUUGAGCUUGUGUUCCCAGCAGGAGCACGGGGCUGAGUCAGUGCUGCCUGCCCAGGGCUGUGACUCAGUGCUGUCCCCUCGAAUGCACAGCCAGCCUGCUGCCAGCACAGCCAGGGUGUGCCUCUAACCUCAUUCCAGAGCUGUCCUCUGUUGCAGAAUCAGCAUGUCUCUCCAAUAGCUAAAAAGACAGAAGCCGCCUCUGCCAGCCAAGAAACCAGCAAAGAUAUUUCACAAUGGAUGUAGACGAUGAAGAAAACAUGAGUUCGAGCAGCACCGACAUUAAAGAAAACCGCAAUGUGGACAACGUUCCCCCCAAGGACAGCGCCGGGCAGGGCCUUGGCGAGGGGACCCCGCUCUCCAACGGCGGUGGCAGCAGCAGCAGGAAGAGACCUCUGGAGGAGGGCAACAAUGGCCAUUCCAAAUUCCGCCCCAAGAAGAGGAAGAAAACGCCCGGCCCCGUUCUGCCAAAGAACGCCCUCAUGCAGCUUAAUGAGAUUAAACCUGGUUUACAAUACAAACUCCUCUCCCAGACAGGGCCAGUCCACGCCCCCAUGUUUGUGAUGGCGGUGGAAGUCAACGGGCAGGUGUUUGAGGGGUCUGGCCCAACAAAAAAGAAAGCCAAGCUUCACGCUGCCGAAAAGGCUCUGCGCUCCUUCGUGCAGUUCCCAAAUGCCUCGGAGGCCCACCUGGCCAUGGGCAGGACUCUGUCGGUGAACACAGACUUCACGUCUGACCAAGCCGAUUUCCCCGACACCCUUUUCAACGGCUUUGAGACGCCAGUCCCUUCUGACGCUUCCUUUUACCUGGGCUCCAACGGGGACGGCUCCUUCGGCUCUGGCGGGGACUACGGGUUGCCAUCGUCCGCCGUAGCCAGCAGCCUUUCCCAGUCGCCUCUGCCCCCACCCUCCCCCUACCCCACGGCCAGCGGGAAGAACCCCGUCAUGAUCCUCAACGAGCUGCGCCCCGGGCUGAAGUACGAGUUCCUCUCGGAGAGCGGAGAGAGCCACGCCAAGAACUUUGUCAUGGCGGUGGCGGUGGACGGGCAGACUUUCGAAGGCUCGGGAAGGAACAAAAAGCUGGCGAAAGCUCGGGCUGCUCAGUCAGCCCUGGCAUCCCUGUUCAACAUGCAGCUGGACCAGACCCCAUCUCGCCAGCCCAUUCCCAGCGAGGGGCUCCAGUUACACUUGCCACAGGUGUUAGCUGAUGCUGUUGCACGCUUGGUUGUAGAUAAAUUCAGUGAUUUGACAGAAAAUUUCUCAUCUCCACAUGCACGUCGAAAAGUCCUUGCUGGAGUUGUCAUGACAACAGGUACUGAUGUGAAAGAUGCCCUGGUAAUAAGUGUUUCUACAGGAACAAAAUGCAUCAAUGGUGAAUACAUGAGUGAUCGUGGUCUUGCAUUAAAUGAUUGCCACGCAGAAAUUAUAGCUCGACGGUGUCUGCUGAAAUUUCUGUACACACAACUUGAGCUUUACCUAAGCAAUAAAGAAGAUCAGCAAAAAUCCAUUUUCAUCAGAUCAGAGCAAGGCGGGUUUAAGCUGAAGGAGAAUGUGCAGUUCCAUCUCUAUAUCAGCACAUCUCCUUGUGGUGAUGCUCGGAUUUUCUCACCCCAUGAAGCAGCACAAGAGGGUAUGGCAGCAGUCCUCCUCUUCCACCCAAGGGAGCUUAAAUUAUUCUUGGGGCAUGUACAAGCAGCACGGUUAAAAUACCAAGGGGACAGACAUCCCAACCGCAAAGCCAGAGGACAGCUGCGGACGAAAAUCGAGUCUGGGGAAGGGACCAUCCCUGUGCGCUCCACCACCACCAUCCAGACGUGGGAUGGGGUGUUGCAAGGAGAGAGGCUCCUGACCAUGUCCUGCAGUGACAAGAUAGCCAGGUGGAACGUAUUGGGUAUUCAAGGAGCCUUACUUAGCCUCUUUGUGGAGCCAAUUUACUUCUCUAGCAUCAUCUUGGGGAGUUUAUAUCAUGGGGAUCAUCUAUCCAGAGCCGUAUACCAGAGGAUAGCAGAGAUAGAAGAUCUACCACCUCUUUAUACACUCAACAGACCUUUACUUAGUGGUAUCAGCAACGCAGAGGCCCGCCAGCCAGGGAAAGCCCCCAACUUCAGUGUGAACUGGACAGUGGGAGACUCUGGUCUGGAGGUCAUUAAUGCCACAACUGGCAAGGAUGAGAUGGGCCGCGCGUCGCGCCUCUGCAAGCACGCCUUCUACAGCCGCUGGAUGCGCAUCCACGCCAAGCUUUCCUCCAGCUUGCGCUCAAAGAUCCUCAAGCCCAACCUGUACCACGACACCAAGCAAGGAGCCACGGAGUAUCAAACUGCUAAAGAGUGUUUGUUUAAAGCAUUUCUGAAGGCAGGACUUGGAGCCUGGGUGGAGAAGCCCAUAGAACAGGAUCAGUUUUCUCUCACAGUCUAAUUCACAAACUGCACAUCACUUGGGAAGAGGAGUUGUUCUGGAGGAUCCUGGUGUCCAGCAUUGCUUUCUGGCAUCUCCACAGCCGUCAAAACAUCCUUCUGCUCUUUGGAGUUGGGUUUCUUUGGGUUUUUUUUGAAAAACACUUCACAGUAGCUGUUUCUGUUUUGCCUAAGUAUUGAAACUCAAUGAUGAUGCAACACAUAAUUGUAUAUUUUGUUAUAGGAAAGUAAUUUCUGGUGUAUUUCUAGAAAUACUUUUACUGUAGAAAACUUGCAGUAAGGCUGUCCUUACUGUGUACAAUGACUCAUUUUUUCUGGGUUAAAAGAAUUUCUUUUUUAAUUCAAUGUCAUCAAGUGCAUGAAGAAAUUAAUAGUUUCUCUAGGUUUUACACCACACUUUUAGGAAGUAGCUUAAUUUUUAAAAAAGAAAAUAGGUGACAAAGCUGAUUCUACUCCUCUGUUAACUUGUUUUUCAACUGCAGAUAUUUUUAGUACAUACACCACAGAGGCGGAAUGGAGUCUGGACAGCUAGUUUUGUUUUUUUUUUUCCCAAUUCCUUGCUCUUUAAAACCAGCUGCUGAAAAUUUCAUGUCUUUGAUGUAUGUAUUUAUUAGUCUGUGAGCCAGUUUUUAACAUGCAGCUUUUUAUUCUGUUUUUAAAAAUACAUUUACCUCCCAUUUAUA